AUGAUCUCUGUCAGAUUAUUACAUGUGUUAAAAAAAGACUACUUUGCCAAAAUCAUUGAAAGGAUAGUGUUCUUAUUGCAUGAUCACCAAACGGAGAUUCGAAACUUGAAGCAGCAAGAAUUUACUGUAAUAGGAUAUGCUAGAAAGUCGAAGAGUGGUGAAGAUGUUGAAACCAGAACCAGAUUACUGAAUCUCAUGUGUAAACGUCUAAAGGAGAGAUCACUAGUUGAUCAUGUUUUCGUAUCAUAUGCCUCUCAAGGUAACGACCAGUUGGCAAAAAGGGAUUUAAAACAAACGAGUGAAACAUAUAAAGGUUUACAUGCAGAAGGAAGCACUCAGGACAUGAUGAGAUUUAUCACAAACACUGAGAAAGUAUGUUUAGUCGUAUUGGAUUACGCUGGUUUGUCAACAAACAGCAAUGAUUUGUAUGAGAAUCUUUUGAGAAGAACAAUCAAUAUCUUGACCAAGUUUCAUUUUUUCAUAGCCACACUUGCUACUAUAAUAAGCAUAUGUGUACACACAUCCUAA